AUGGAAGACAAGAUCAGUGCCGGUGAGGAAGUGGAGAAUUUAAGCAAUCAGCUGGGAUCUUAUGAUGGUACGGUUGUAAUGGAAAAGAGGCCGAGGGUGGAAUGGUCAGGUCUUCCCAAAGAACUUUGGAUUGAAAUAGCGAAACAUCUCAACACCACAAUGGACAUUAUCCGGUUUCGCAGUUUCCAAUUCCCUUUCAAACAUCCCAAUCCAUUAUUCCCAUAUAUCACUUGGCCAAGGGUGUUGGAUUUGAUUGACUUUCACGUUGUGGAGUUGAUUGAAGCAUAUACUCUCAGCUCAUAUAAAUACGACGAAGUUGGAGAUGAUGAUGUGUUUACGGCUGUUCCUCAAUUUCGUAGAGUGGUGUUAGUACCAAGUGUUUCCAUCGAGGGUGCAUUUGGUUUGAUCCUGUUUAAGAAUGGAAAGUUGGCUGUUUUCAAUAUCAGAGAUGAGAGUGUUCAUUGGAUGAGUAUAUACGCUGGGAACAAUUACGAUGGCAUAAUACUUCAUGAAGGUCAAGUCUACAUUGUGGUUAAACAAGGAAAUAUUUUUCGGUUCGAUGUUUCGUCCUUGAACUUGGUUUAUUAUUCCAAUUUGACCUACAAUUAUGGCAAUAAUUUUUAUAAAGAAGGAAAAGAGGAAAGAUGGUUAAGGGUGAACAAUUUGGGUGAUGUUUCCUUUGUGUUGGGUGAAGACAACUUCUCUGUCACAGCUAAAGAUUACUAUGGCUUUGAAGGGAAUUGCAUUUACUUCUACGACCCAGCCAGAUUAAACUUUAAUAGUGGUGCACCCAGAUUAUGCUGUUUCAACUUAGAGAAAGGCAUGUGUGCCCAAUGA